GAUAAAGAGAGAGAGAGAGAGAGAGAGAGAGAGACAGUUAGAGAAAGAAGGGGACUCAGACACUCAGACAGAUGUGACCAAGACAGCAGCUCUAGCAACCAUGGACUUCUGCAAUAUGUGGGUACCAGAAAUCAGGAUGUCAAAGCCAGUAGAGGUUGAGAACACAGGGGCUGACUCUCCAAUGGAGAGCACAGAUUCAGAGCGGAAUGGUCCUGAUAAAAACCAUCAGCUUCAGCAGAUGAAAAUCAGUCCCUUUCACCUUUCUCCAACCCUCAGCAGCAACAAGAAUAAGAUGGAAGAGUGUGGUGAGAUGUCCCUGGGCCCUCCUCCCCACCACAACCACGCCCCCUCACAGACGCCCCUCCCACACACACAGCUCAUGCUGACCAGCUCCCAACUGGCAGGGGACAUCCAGCAGUUGUUGCAGCUGCAGCAGUUGGUUCUGGUGCCAGGACACCACCUGCAGUCUCCUCAGUUCCUCCUCCAACAGCACCAAGGGCAGCAAGGACUACUAUCAACACCAAAUCUGAUUCAGCUACCUCAGCAAAACCAAGGGAGCCUCCUGUCCGCUCCCAGGCUGGGGCUCCAAGCACAGAGAGACAAGGCUAUGGAGGGCAGUGGGGUCAUGACCUCUGUGUCCUCUGUGACCUCUCACCCUGAGGAGCCCAGUGACCUUGAGGAACUGGAGGUGUUCGCCCGCACCUUCAAACAGAGACGCAUCAAACUGGGCUUUACACAGGGUGACGUGGGAAUGGCCAUGGGGAAGCUAUAUGGUAAUGAUUUCAGCCAGACCACCAUCUCUCGCUUCGAGGCCCUCAACCUGAGCUUUAAGAACAUGUGCAAACUCAAACCACUACUGGAGAAGUGGCUCAAUGAUGCAGAGACCAUGUCCACAGACAGUACUAUGCCCAGCCCCAGCUCUCUGUCCUCUUCCUCAAUGGGCUUCGAGGGCCUGCCGGGCCGACGCAGGAAGAAAAGAACCAGCAUCGAGACUAACGUCCGCGUGGCCCUGGAAAGAGCCUUCAUCACGCAGAACCAGAAGCCUACCUCAGAGGAGAUCCUGUGUAUCGCGGACCAGCUCAGCAUGGAGAAGGAGGUGAUCCGCGUGUGGUUCUGCAACCGCCGACAGAAAGAGAAGCGUAUCAACCCCAACAGUGCCACCCCUCCCUUGCCCAGUCAGCUCCCCCAAGCCCCACCGACACACAAACCCCCCUGCUACAGCCCACACAUGAUGUCCAGUCAGCUGUCCAGUCAGCUGUCCCAGGCAGUGACCAGCCUCAGUACCACAUUGACCACCAUGUCAUCGUUCUCCCCUCAUACCCCCAGUGGUCCCACCCACUCAUCUCUCAGCUCCGCCUCCUCCCCAGUGACUCCUCCUCCUCCUCGCAGCACUGCUAGCCCAGCCCCUCCCAGCCACAGCACACUGAGUCUCAACACAGGCUUAUGGCGUUUGGGUAAAAAGAAUGGUGACGUGUCUAACUACAUCACCGAUUUUGCUGCAAACUUGAGGAACACUGUGAUGGGAGUAAACACAGGGAACCAGGCUCUGAACCAAGCUCUCCUCAGCAACAACCCUCUGGCUACUAUACAAGCCCUAGCAGCCAGUGGUGGCCAGCUGCCCCUUUCCAGUCUUGAGGGGAGCAGUAAGGUGUUGCUGGGUGGUGCAGGGGGGCAGGGAGGGGGUCUCCAGUCCUCCUUCUUCCUCAACCACCCCGCUUUCCUCCACAUGGGCCAGAAUCCUGGUGCUGGAUUGGUCAGCGCUGCCGUAGCUAAAGCAUCCCAGCCCUCCCCUUUCCCCUCCACCAGUAGCAUAAGCCCCACCCCCUGCUCCCCCUCCCCUUGCUCUAGCCCCGCCUCUUCCUGCGACUUCAAUGAAUUGGCACACAGCCCAUCCUCGUUGGGAGGGGCUAAGAUUGAGUGACACAGCCAAGCGCCAAUCAGAGAGGAGAAGGAGAAAGGAGGAAACGACAACCUCGCCUUUCAACCAAAGCUAUCUCUUUUACCACUCUCGCCCUACACUCUCUCUCUCUCCCCCCAGUCUUUCGAUGCCAAAAAUACACAGAAUGAAAGAGAGGAGAGGGGGGAGUCAGAAGUGAAAAGGGGGAGAAGGGGGGAAAGAGGAAGAUUUAAACCAAAAAUCUUUAUCUAUCCAAAGUGAUGGAGGAGGCAUCGUGGGACUGUUUAGUCAAUACUGAGCGAUAUCGCACCUCUCCUUUCUGUCUCUCUUUCUUUCCCGGGAAAAUAAACCAAUGACAAAUAACAGGAUUAGAGAUGUGCGUCGAAUCAUGUGAGGUCUGAAAGAGGAGGAGAUGGGUGGAAGAUUUUAAACCAAAAAUGUACCUGAGGAGGAGAAGAGGAACGCACGAUGACAAAAAUCAACAACCAUACCAAAAUCCCAGAAACCAAAAAUACGGAAAGAAAAGCUUUAUCCAAAUGACUUAUACAUACUGAUCCUAUCCAGGACCAGGACUCUGCUACACACACACACACACGAUAUCCACAGCCAAUCACAUUCAUCCAUCCAAUCAGUCAUCCACCCAUCAUGUCUGUCAUAGUCUAUCACUCACUUUCACAGCAGUUUAGUUGUUUCUGUGGGAUAUUUUAGAUUGUUGUAAAUGGUUGAUACUGAAUGAGCCAAGCUUACAGGUGUGUCUCUGUUUGUGUUUUCCUACCUCUGCUUCUUUGGGUAUCCUAUCUCCCCCUUGAUUUCCAAUAGUUUACUGAUAGCGUUGGAGUCUGUCAUCAUCAUCUUGUGCCAUUUACUUCAUGUUGUCGGAGAUAAUAAGAGACAAGAGUGAACAAGAAAUCAGGCUGAGUGUAGCAGUUUCCAGCCUUGAUAAAAACCUCUCUCUCUCUGUAAUUACUCACAACAAAAAGACUCACUUGAUGAAAUAAUAUUAGACAUAGACUCAAUGUAGUCCUUGUGAAUGGCCAAUCCACCAUGAUGACAGUAUGAAAUUGAGCAUGAUUGGAGAUUUAAACUAGUAACAUUGAGGCAAGAAAGAGGUAAAUUAAUAAAAAUGUUAGUUUAGUCAUGGACAGGUCUGUCUUACGUUGUCAAUCAGUCAUCUGUCUCGACGUGCAGUAGAGAAACAGAGAUCAAAACCUGUUUAAUGUUUAAUAUACGUUGUUUUUAUUGUUCAUCAUCCCUCCAUCCAUCCCAUUUUCACUGUCAUUUUCCACCCAAAUAUGCCAUUAUUACACGUUUAAACCAAAGCAUUUGUUACUCUUCAGAGGAGUCAGCCAUGACAUUAACACUCACAUACUGUAGGGGUUGGGGACACACCCUACCCCUCCCGCUGAACCCCCCUAGUUGACCCCUUCCAUCUCCUUAUGCCCGAGAGGGUCACUUCAAAAGGACAGAACCCUCACCCAACAUAAAAGGGGUGCAUACGGGGAGGGGAUGGGAUGGUGCGAUGGGAUCAAACAUACAGAAGAGGGGAUGUUUUUGUAAGAGGAUACCAAAAAUACAAACCAAAAACGUCUGAAACACACCAAAAAGAAACAGCCAAAUAUGGAUGGGGGAUGAGGGAAGGAGGAGAAGUGUAGGUUUUUACAGACUGGAGCUGACACCUCUGUCUCUUAUCCAACUAACUGGGCUUCAGUGGCCCUCUCUAAACUGUGUAGCACUGAUGGACAGAUGUAUAGAUAGACAUCCUCCCUCUCCCCUGUCUUUUUCACUCCAAACUCAGCUCUUCUUCUCUGGUCCUGGAUGGAGAAAUCUCUAAUGACCUCAUUGAACUGAAUCUUCAAAGUCAGUUUUUAUUUUUCCUGUUUGUUGGUUUAUUUUUAUUUGAUUUGUUUGCUGUGUCUCUUGAUGCUGUUUAUGUGCUGUUCUUUACUUAUUUGGGAUAAUAACGUAUUCGCUUGCUACAACAGCUCCUUAUUUUUUCCUAGUUGUUCUAGAGAUUUUUAAUCAGGUGGUUGGAAAAAUACUGUGAAAAUGUAGCUUCCAGAUUUUUAUUAGAUAAAAAAAAACUGACUGUCUUGGCAGAAAAAAGACACAGAAAAAGUCCAAAACAC